UAUAAUGCAAGGGAUUAUGGCAUGAGUGAAUGUUUAACGCAUGAGCGAAGCGAAUGCGGUAAUAUCACGAAUGUCAUAAUCCCUUGCAUUAUAAACAAAUUUCAUACGCUAUUUUAUCGCCGACUAGAACUUUUCAAAAAUAAAAAUUCUGAUCGAUAAACUUAAAUCGGAAAUACCUAAAUCUAAAAUUACAUCAAAGCGGUUUUAAACAUUACCAUGGUUUUUGAUAGCUCACUUUUGUUAAUAAAUAAAUAAAGCGGCGCCAUUUGCACAAAACACGCACAAAACAUGAAUUUUGCGGAAGAUUUGAGUUUGUGUGAUGCAAUUUUAAAGAAAGCGGAAGAAGCGGAAUCCAGUUUGUGUCCAAAGAAAUCAGAAGACUUUUACAAAAAGGAAUUUGAAAAAUUUUGUCACUGGAUGCGGAACAAUAAUGCCGAAAUUGUGACAGAGAAGGUUUUGCUGGCGUAUUUUCUGGAUCAGUCAAAAAAUUACAAGUCCUCGUCAUUGUGGUGCAUGUACUCCAAGCUGAAAUGUAUGUUACGAAUAAAAAAUGACAUUGACAUUAGCCAGUUUUCUAAACUUUCUGCUUUUUUAAAAAAGUGUUCAGUUGGGUAUUCAGCAGAAAAAUCUUUGGUGUUCUCAAAGAAUCAGUUAAUAAAUUUUUUGACCUCGGCUUGUGACGAACAAUAUCUCCUUAUGAAGGUUGUUGCAAUAUUUGGAUUAUUUGGUGCUUGCAGAAGGAUAGAGUUUUACAAUUUAUGUGUAAGCGAUGUCCAAGAAGAGGGUGCAGUUUUUGUGGUGAAUCUCAAAGAUACGAAAACACAUCGACCCAGAACAUUCACAAUUUUAAAUGAUGAUAGCAUGAAUUACACUGAGCUCAUUAAAAAGUACAUAAAUUUAAGACCAAAGCAUGUUAAAAUAGAGAAGUUCUUUCUAUUCUAUGGUGCGGGAAAGUGUACGUGUAAUCCCAUUGGCAUCAAUACCUUUGGUCAAAUUCCUCGUAAAAUUGCCAAAUAUCUGAACCUUCCUAAUGCAGAUCAGUUCACUGGUCAUUCAUUUCGCAGAACGUCUGCUACAAUCCUUGCAGAUAGUGGCGCAGACAUUCGAACAUUGAAAAGACAUGGUGACUGGAAAAGCGAUGCUGUUGCGGAAGGCUGCCAGAGAAUCAGGGAUUUGGCAUCUUCAUCAACUAUCUCAGUAUCUGGAAUUACUAGUGCAUCAUCGACUACAAAUGAAUGUGUUCUUCAAUCUAGUUCAGGCAUUUCAAUUUCCGGAAAUUCAAAUUGUACUAUUACUAUUAACAUUAAUAAAUAAUAUAUCAACAAU